AUGUCAAAUCUAAUUGCUUCUCCUUCAAAGAAGGCUUAAUUUAAAUUUAGCAAAGAGCGAUUCCAAUAUAGAAGUCUCUAUAAACAAGAGAUGUAAAUAGAGGAAGACUACGAUCCAAAUGCUAAUUUAAAAGUAGCUCUAAGUAAAGAGGAAUAUUUCAUUCAAAAAAGAGAUGAAAAUAGCUCAAUUGAUUUGCAAUAACUACUAUUAAGCAAAGUAAGUAUACAAAAUUAGAUUAGGGGGUUGAUUUUGAUGAUCCGACAUAACAUAUAAGAUAGCUUCCGUUACAAAUACAUGAUGAUGUUGGAUUAGAGCAAGUGUUUGUGGAUGACAGAAUAGAGUUUGAGAAUGUGUUAUUUGAUGAGUAACCUUAUGAAAUAACAGCUAAAAUUGUUAUUUGUAAUGGAGAUAGUGUUACAAUUGAAAGGGGACAAGUGAUUGGAUACGAUGAAGCAAAGAAUAAGUUUAAAUGUGUAUUACCAUCUUUGGGUAGAAGAUUAAUACCUAGAAUCUAUUUAUGUUUUGAUCAUGAAAAUCAUUACAAAUGGACAGAUCGAUUUGCUUAUGCAUGGUAUUACAGGAUUGUAGCUCAUUCAUUAUUAAAAAAGAGUUCUUUCAUUCAAUGUAUGCCAAGAGAUCAUCUACCAAAUAUGCCUAAUGAAUAAAAAAAGAAAAUUGAAGAUUUAAUAAGAAAAAAUAAAAAACUUGAAUUUAGUGAAGUAAGUGCCUUGAUGAUGGAUGCAGCUAUUGAUUAUUAGUUAUUAAUGAAUAGAAUACUAUUUGAUUAUCAUCUAACAAUUAAUCCAACAGAUCUUGUACCACAUGGUUUAGUCUUACCUGAAAUGCUACCCAAAAAAGAACCAAAUUAUUUUGGAAUGUUAACAUUAGAGGCCAAAAAAGGAGCUAAAGAAAUUUAUAUGUGGACACCUCAUGAAGUUUUUUUUAAUGAACCCAAAAGUUUUACAGAGAUAUUCAAAGAAUUCUUAUUAAAUAGUAUUAUGGCUAGUCCUGAAUCUGUGAGAUGCUUAUAAUUGAUAACUGAAAAAUGCAAUCAAUUAUAAGAAUUAGAAUUUUUUUACAUCUUUGGUUAAAGUUAAUCUCCAUUUAAAUUAGAUGAAUUUAAAUAAAAUAAUGAUUCAUAAAUGGUUACAGCAAUGAGUAAAUUGAGGAAAGACUUUAUGGAAGAUGUUGAGAAAAUUAUCAUUAAGUAAUUUGGAGAUAAGGAACUCUAAAAUAAGGAGAAAGAUAAAGAAAAAGAGAAGGAGAAGGAGAAAGAAAAGGAGAAAGAGAAAGAGAAAGAGAAAGAAAAAGAGAAGGAUAAAGAGAAGGAUAAUAAAGAGAAGGAGGAGAAAGAAAAACCAAAAGAUAAGGAAAAAGAAAAAGAAGUUGAGAAAGAUAAAUUUAAAUACAACAUAAACCAAUAUAAAUGGUUCAAUUUAAAAGAAACAGAUAGAAACAAUUAUGAUAAGGGAAGACUUAAAAAAUUCUUUUCUUGUGUUAGAUUGAUGAUAUAAGAUGCUAUAUUGAAUUUAUCCCAAAAAUCAUUUCAUAAUUAUGAUAAGUAUAUUAGAAGUUAUAUUCCUAAUAAUGUUAUUAUUAAUGGGCCGGAUGAUGUAAUUAACGAAUUUGCAGAUGGAUUAGUUUUAAGUUCCAAAAAUCCUGACAGUUUUUAUGAUCCGAGAGCUGUGAAACCUCUAUUUACGAUCGAAUUACUUAAAGCAAUAAAUGAAGAUAGUUUCUGUUAUUCCACUAUGAUUCGUAAUUAUGCAACAACAAUAUUGAUUAUAUUCAAUAAGGCUUUAGAAGACUUAGCUAAGAUACCUGAUUUAGAACCUAAAUUAAUGAAGGAAAUAUUUAAAGGAACAAGAUCAGAAAUGUAUUAUAAGGUUCCUUAAAAAUCUUAAAUUACAAAUGAUCCAUUCGGUAAUUAAGAUCCAUAUUUCUUUGAUGAAAAUAUUUGGGUAAAUAAAUUAUUUGAUGAACUAAGUGAAUAUUUGGAUAAAUCAUUUGUAGCAUUAGAUGAAUAUUUAAAAUGUUUCUAAAUAUACAAAGAAAUAUUAAUGAUAAAACCAGAGGAAUAUAUAAAGACAGUUGAUAAUGAAGAGAAACCAAAGGAAACAGAAUUGAUAAGAGAUGAAGUAUUUGAAUUAUAAAAAAAAGAAGAAAAAUUGAAAUUAUAAAUACCUGAUUCUAUUUAAGUAGGAUGUUUCAAAGUGAAUUGCAAAGAGAUUAGUUAAUUAUUGACAGGAAAAUAUCAAUAAUUAUACAAAUUAUUAAUAGAAGUGAUAGUUAAAAGAGCAAAAUAAUCAACAUUGUCUUUGUAUGAUGAAGUUUAAAAAGUGAAAUUGAGAUUGAAUGAACCUCCAGUUGAUAUUGAAAAAUUAACAGAUAUCAAAUAAUAUAUGGUAAAUCUGCCACUUGAAUUGGAAAAGGUCAAGGAAGAUAUAGAUAAAUCAUGUGAAUUAUAUGAUUUGUUGGAACCAUUCAAAGUGAGAUUUUAACCUGAAGACAUUCAAAGAAGAUGGUAAGUAUAUGGUGGACCAAAAGAAAUAUUGGAAUUAGUAGAAUUAAGAUCGUAAGCAUUAGAAAAAGAGAAGGGUAUAUUUUAAGAUAAGAUGAAAUAAGAGUAAGAUUUCUUUUUAGAAUAAGUGAAAUCAUUAUAAAUAACAAUCUCAACCUUUUAUUCAUAUUAAAAUAUGGAUGAUCAUGAGAGUGUAGCUUAAAGAGUUAGAGGAAUAAAUGAGUAGUUAUAAAAGUUUUAAGAGAAUGCAAGGUAAUUCAAUUCUAGAGAACUACUAUUUGAAAUGGAAUAAACUGAUUAUAGUGUAAUAUAAUAGAUGGUUAAGGAGUUCAGACCAUAUUCAGAUUUAUGGUUGACUACUAAUUAAUGGUUUAAAAAUAUUGAUCAUUGGAAGAAUGAUGAUUUUGAAAAGUUGGAUGCAGAUUAUUGUGAAAAAUUUAUGGAAGAAGCUUACAAAACAACAGCAUUAGUGAAUAAGCAUUUUAAUGAUAAGGAUAUUUAACCAGUAUUGAAAAUUGGUUAGAAUAUUCGUUCUUAUUUGGAAGAGUUUAGACCAAAGGUUCCAUUGAUGGUUGCUUUAAGAAAGUAGGGUAUGAAAGAAAGACAUUGGGAAUAAGUAUCUUAAAAAUUGGGAUAAGAAGUUAAGCCUGCUCCUGGAUUUACAUUUACUAAGGCUAUUGAUAUGGGAUUGAUGAAGAUAGUUGAAGAUUGUAUGGAAAUAGGAGAAAGAGCUUACAAGGAAUAUUAAAUAGAAACAAUGCUAAAUUCUAUGAUGGCUUAAUGGGAAUAGAUUAAUUUUGAUGUAGCAGGAUAUAAAAACAUUUCUUUCAUUAUUCGAGGAUUUGAUGAUAUAGGAAAUACUUUAGAUGAGCAUAUCGUAAAUACUUAAGCUAUGCUCUUUUCACCUUUUAAAAAACCUUUUGAAGGACUUCUAAAUGAUUGGAAUAGCACUUUGAAAAAGGUAAGUGAUAUUCUUGAAGUUUGGGCUAAAGUGUAAGUAAAUUGGAUGUAUUUACAACCUAUCUUUGAUAGUUAAGAUAUUAUAAAAUAGUUACCAUUAGAAUCAAAGAGAUUUAAGGCUGUUGAUCAGAAUUGGAAAUUGAUUAUGAUAAAUUCGAAGAAUACUUUGAAUGUAUUAAAAGUAUGUUCAGCAGAUGGAUUAUUAGAGAAAUUGACAGAGGGUUAUAAUAGUUUGGAAUAAAUUCAAAAGGAAUUAAAUAAUUAUUUAGAGAGAAAAAGAGAAAGAUUUGCUAGAUUUUAUUUCUUAUCUAAUGAUGAUUUAUUGGAAAUAUUGUCAUAGACUAAAGAACCAACUGCUGUACAACCACAUUUAAGAAAAGUGUUUGAAAAUGUUAAUUAAAUAGAAUUUGAUGGCACUAAGAAAAUUCAUGCAAUGUUUUCAGCAGAAGGAGAAAAGAUUAAUUUUGUUAAAAUCAUUGAUCCAAAUCAUAAGAAUGUAGAAGAUUGGAUGAAUGAUGUUGAAGACUAAAUGAAAUAGAGUGUUAGGGCUGCUUUACUUAAUUCUGUCCAUUAAUAUUUAGAAACUCCAAGAAUCAAAUGGGUCACUAUGCAUCCAGGAUAAUGUGUUUUAAAUGGAUCAUAAGUUCAUUGGACAAAAGAAGUUGAAACUGCUAUCAAAGGUUAAAAAGUUAAAGUAUAUUUGGAAUAGUUACAAGGUUAAUUAAAUAACUUAGUUGAUUUAGUAAGAACUAAAUUAACAAAAAUGUAAAUGGUUACAUUAAAUGCCUUGAUUGUUAUUGAUGUUCAUGCUAAGGAUGUUGUUGAUUUAUUGUAAAAAGAAAAUGUUGAAGAUGUUUCUGCAUUUGAAUGGAUAUCAUAAUUAAGAUAUUAUUGGGAAUAAGAUAAUUGUUAUGUAAAAUGUAUUUAAACAAACUUUCCUUAUGGUUAUGAAUAUUUAGGAAAUACUUUAAGAUUGGUCAUUACUCCAUUAACUGAUAAAUGUUAUAUGACAUUGAUGGGAGCAUUAAAAUUAAAUUUAGGUGGUGCACCAGCAGGACCUGCAGGUACUGGUAAAACUGAAUCAACUAAGGAUUUAGCUAAGGCUUUGGCUAAAUAAUGUGUUGUAUUUAAUUGUUCAGAUUAAAUGGAUUAUAUUAUGGUAGGUAAAUUCUUUAAAGGGUUAGCAAGUGCAGGAGCAUGGGCUUGCUUUGAUGAAUUUAAUCGUAUUAAUAUUGAAGUGUUAUCAGUUAUAGCAUAAUAAUUAUUAAUUCUUUUUGGAAAGAAGGCUGAAGGUGCAGCUUCUGCAGAUUUUGAAGGUAGUUCAAUUCGUUUGGAUCCAACCUUUUCUGUGUUUAUUACUAUGAAUCCUGGUUAUGCAGGUAGAACUGAAUUACCAGAUAAUCUAAAAGCUCUUUUUAGACCAGUAGCUAUGAUGGUUCCUGAUUAUGCUUUAAUUGGAGAAAUUAUGCUUUAUUCUUUUGGAUUUAAGAAAGGUAGAGAAUUGGCUAAAAAGAUGGUUUAUACAUUUAAAUUGAGUUCAGAAUAAUUAAGUUCUUAAGAUCAUUAUGAUUAUGGUAUGAGAGCAGUAAGAUCUGUUAUUAAUGCAGCAGGUCUAUUGAAAGCAGCUGAUCCAGAUUAAGAUGAAGAUCGAUUAUUAUUGAGAGCAUUGAUGGAUGUGAAUGUACCUAAAUUCUUAAAGGAUGAUUUACCUCUAUUUAGCAAUAUCAUUAAGGAUCUAUUUCCAGGUAUUGAAAAACCAGAGGUUGAUAUUGGAGAAUUGUUAGUGUAAAUUUAGGAAGCUUGCAAAUCAAUGAAUUUAUAAUGCACUGAAUCAUUCUUGGUUAAGAUUAAUUAAUUGUAUGAUACAAUCCAAGUUAGACAUGGAUUAAUGUUGGUAGGACCUACAGGUGGUGGUAAAACCAGUAAUUAUAAUGUAUUGGCUCGUUCCCUAUCAGCUCUUUAAACUACUUUAUAUUAUAAAGUACACACUCAUAUCUUAAAUCCAAAGUCUAUUACUAUGGGACAAUUAUAUGGUUAAUUCAAUGAAUAAACUAGAGAAUGGAAUGAUGGAAUAUUAGCUUAUACAGUAAGAGAAGUUUGUAGAGAUUAGACAUCUGAAAGACAUUGGAUUAUGUUUGACGGCCCUGUUGAUGCUAUUUGGAUUGAAUCAAUGAAUACAGUGUUGGAUGACAAUAAGAAAUUAUGUUUAAAUUCUGGAUAGAUAUUGACCUUGACUCCAUAUAUGACUAUGAUGUUUGAAGUUGAAGAUUUGGCUGUUGCUUCACCUGCAACAGUAAGUAGAUGUGGUAUGGUUUAUAUGGAGCCAGUGUCAUUGGGUUUAUAACCUCUUAUUAAAUCUUGGUUAAAUACUUUACCUCCUCAUUGUAGAGAUAGACCUAAAAUUGUAACACAAUUAAGCAUGUUAUUCGAAUAAUAUUUAGAGCCAACCUUAGAAUUUAUGAGAAGAAAUUUAAAAGAAGUAGUUGGUACUUUUAAUAAUAAUCUCACUUAAUCAUUAUGUAGAUUACUUAAUUGUUAUUUACAUUAAUAUAAAGAUACAGAAAUAAAAAAAGUUCCUAAAGAUGAUAUUGACAAUCUCGAAUAAUAAAUUGAACCAAUAUUUGCUUUUUGUUUGACAUGGAGUUUGUGUUGUACUGUGGAUUAAGAAGGAAGAGAAAAAAUUAAUACUUAUAUUAAGGAAUAAUUUAGUAAAUCUAAAGCUAAUUUUCCACAUGAGGGAUCUAUUUUUGAUUAUCUCUUUAAUGAACGUACCAAAUAAUGGUCACAUUGGGAUGAUCAAUUUAAAUCUUAUGAAGUUGAUCCAAAAUUAUCAUACUCUGAAAUAUUGAUUCCUACUACUGAUUCAACUAGAAAUAUGCAUUUAAUGAAAACACUCUUAUCCAAUAUGUAUCACUGUCUAUUUCCAGGCCCUACAGGAACAGGUAAAACAGUAAAUGCUAUGAAUUUAUUAAUCUAAAAGAUGGGAGAAGAUUAUCAAUAUAUGUCUUUAUCAUUUUCAGCAUAGACAAGUGCCAAUUAGACUUAGGAUACAAUUGAUUCAAAAUUAACAAAGAGAAGAAAAGGAUAUUAUGGUCCUCCUCCUCCAAAAAAAUGUAUUAUAUUUGUUGAUGAUCUCAAUAUGCCUAAAAAAGAGGAAUAUGGAGCAUAACCACCAAUUGAAUUAUUGAGGUAAUUUAUGGAUCAUAAAGGUUGGUAUAAUAGAAAGGAAUUAUUCUUUAUGAAUUUGUAAGACAUAAUUUUAUUGUCAGCUAUGGGUCCUCCUGGAGGUGGAAGAAGUGCUAUUACAAAUAGAUUGAUGAGACAUUAUAACAUAAUUUCAUAUACAGAAUUGGGUUAAUAAACAAUUAAAUAAAUAUUUGGAACUCUUGUAAGUUCUUUUUUGAGAAGAUUUAGUGAAGAUAUAAAAAAUUAAAUUGGUAAUUUGGUAGACACAGUAUUAUAAGUUUAUGAAAGAGUAAAAAGAGAACUCUUACCAACUCCUAAGAAGUCUCAUUAUACUUUUAACUUAAGAGAUAUAAAUAAAGUAUUUUAAGGAAUUUGUUCAGCUUCUUAGAAAUAUUGUACAGAUGCAAAAUCUAUUAUAUAAUUAUGGUUCCAUGAGAACAUGAGAGUUUUUCAUGAUAGAUUGAUUAAUACAGAAGAUAGAGAAUAUUUAAUAUCUAUUUUGGAGGAAUUAUUUGCUCGUUUUGGUUAAGAGAAAGCAAAUAUUCUAAGUUUGGAUCGUAUUAUAUUUGCAGAUUUCUAAUAAGGUAGGGAUGUAGAACCUAGACAUUACUUUUUGGUUAAUGAUUUAAAGAAGUUAUCAAAUUAGAUGUAUGAAUUCUAAUAAGAGUACAAUGCAGAUCCUUCAUUUGCUGGAUUAGGUGGUAAGAAAUCAAUGAAGUUGGUGUUAUUCUUAGAUGCUUGUGAACAUAUAUGUCGUAUAAGCAGAGUACUAAGAUAACCUUAAGGAAAUGCACUAUUAUUGGGAGUUGGAGGUAGUGGUAGAUAAUCUUUAGCAAAGAUGGCCACAUUUAUUUCAUAUUAUAGAUUGUUUUAGAUUGAAGUGAUUAAGACAUAUAAUAUGAGAUCAUGGAGAGAGGAUGUAAAGAAAGUAUUAAUGAUGGCAGGAGUAGAGAAUAGAGGAGUAUCAUUUAUUUUUGUGGAUACUUAAAUCAUUAAUGAAUAGAUGUUGGAGGAUUUGAAUUCAAUAUUGAAUUCAGGUGAUGUUACAAAUCUCUAUUAAGAAAAAGAUAUGGAAGAAAUUAUUACAUCAUGUAAAGGAGAAUGUUUGAAGAGAAACUUAUAACCAACACCUAAUAAUAUAUUUGCUUAAUAUUUAGCAAGAGUUAAGAAUAACAUUCAUUUAAUAUUAGCAAUGUCUCCAUUAAGUGAUAAAUUCCAAACACGUUUACGUAUGUUCCCUUCUCUUGUUAAUUGUUGUACUAUAGAUUGGUUUACUGAAUGGCCUGAAGAAGCUUUAGUGGGUGUAGGAAGAGGAUAGUUAACUGAAUAUUCAACUGAGUUUGGUUUUAGUGAUUAAUUAGAAAUGAUUGUUGAGAUGUGUAAGAUUAUGCAUAAAUCAGUGGAAUAAGUUUCAAUUUAAUAUUAAUAGUAAUUACGUCGUUAUAAUUAUGUUACUCCAACAAGUUUCUUAGAAUUAAUCACUAUGUUUAAGACAGUAAAUAAUGAAAAGAAAAAUGAACUUAAAUUUUAAAUUAAUCGUCUUAAAAGUGGUUUAGAUAAACUUAUUGCUGCAAAUGAGGCAGUAUCUGAAAUGUAAAUUUAACUUAAAGAUAUGUAACCUAAAUUAGAGGAAGCAGCUAUAGAAACUGAAAAAGUCAUGGCAAGAUUGGAAGUAGAUAAAAAAGAAGCAGAUGAGACUUAAAAGAUUGUAUCAGUUGAAGAAGCAGAGGCUCAAAUAGAAACUAAAAAAGCUAAUGAAAUUAAGAGAGAAGCAGAAGAGUCAGUGGCUGAGGCUAAUCGAAUUUUGGAAACAACUUUGAUUGAAGUAUAAAAAUUGAAAAAAGAACAUUUAGUUGAAGUUAAAUCAUUACCAAAUCCACCUAGAGCUGCUAUUAUUACUCUUGGAGGUUGUGUCAUUUUAUUAUAGGAUUUCAUUAAAGAAUAAGGUGGAGAAAUAUAAAUGAUGAAGGAUGAAACAGGUAUGAAGAAAAUUGAAGAUUAUUUCACCACAGCCAAGAAGUAUUUACUUAAUGAUACUAAAACACUCUUAGAUUAAUUAUUAGAUUAUAAGAGAGAUAAUAUUAAUUAAGCUUACAUUAGAAAAUUAGAAUAAAAAAUUAUUGGUGAUCCUGAUUUCAAAUUAGAAAGAGCUAAUACUUGCAGUUUAGCCAUCAAAUAUAUGUACAGUUGGUGUCAAGCCAUGUAUGAUUACAAUAAAAUCUUCUUGAAUACUCAACCAUUAAGAGAUAAAUUAGCAUAAGCUCAAUAGAUUGUAGAUUAAAAGUAAGCUUUACUUAAAGUGAAAAAGGAAUAAUUAGAUGCAGUAAAUUCUAAAAUCAAAAGAUUACAAGAAGAAUUUGAUGAAAAAGUUAAACUCAAAGAAGAUUUAUCAAAAAAGAUCUAAGAAUGUGAAAUUAAAUUAGUUAGAGCUUAAAAAUUAACAAGUGGAUUAUCUGAUGAAAAAACUAGAUGGACAGCUGAUGUUGAUAAAUUACAAUUAUAGGAACCUCUAAUACCAGGUAAUUCUUUGUUGUCAGCUGCUAUGCUUGCUUAUGCAGGACCAUUUGUCUCUAGUUAUAGAUAAGGAUUGGAAAAUAAGUGGAGAAAGAAUCUAAUUGAAUUAUAAAUCAAACACACUGAAAAUAUAUCAAUGGUACAAUUUUUGGGAGUGCCUGUUAAAAUAUAAUCAUGGAACAUUGCAGGAUUACCUAAGGAUGAUACAUCUAUAGAAAAUGGUAUCAUUAUUGAUAAAAGCAGAAGAUAUCCUUUGAUGAUAGAUCCUUAAAAUUAGGCAAAUAAGUUUAUUAAAAAUAUGGGUAAGGAACAUGCUGAAGGUAUUGAAGUAUUGAAGGUUAAUGACCCAAAUCUUAUGAGAACUCUUGAAUUGGCUGUAUAAUUCGGUAAAUAGGUUCUAAUUGAAAAUGUAGGAAAGGAUUUAGAUCCUUCCUUUGAUCCUAUUCUUCUAUAACAAAUUGUUAAAAGUGGUUCAUCUCUUACAAUUACUUUGGGUGAAAAAACAUUAUCAUUUAAUGAUAAAUUUAAAUUCUUUCUUACUACUACGAUACCCAAUCCUCAUUAUCCUCCUGAGACAUUUGUUAAGGUAACAAUUAUUAAUUUUGCUAUCACUCCAAGUGGAUUAGAAGAUCAAAUGUUAGCAUUAAUUGUAGCUCUUGAAAAUCCUUAAUUAGAAGCUAAUAAAGUUUAAAUAGUGAGAAAGAAUGCUGAAGAUAAGAAAUAAUUAUUAUUAAUAGAAGAUGACAUUCUUAAAUCUCUUUCUGAAGGUGCUAAUGAUAUCAAUGAAGUAUUAAUGGAUGAGACACUUAUUAAUAAAUUAUAAAACAGUAAGAAAUUCGCAGCAGAAAUCAAUUAAAGAGUGGCUGAUUCAAAAAUAACAGAAGAACAAAUAGAUUAAGCAAGAGAGGGUUAUAGACCAGUUGCAUUUAGAGCAUCAUAAUUGUUCUUCUGUAUUGUAGAUUUAUCAGGAAUUGACCCAAUGUAUUAAUACUCAUUAUAAUGGUUUAUGAAUUUAUUCUCUAUGGGAGUUGAGAAUGCUCCAGCAGCAAAAGAACAUGAAGUAAGAUUGACAAAUCUAAAUGACUAUUUCACUUUCAGUUUAUAUGAAAAUGUGUGUAGAUCACUUUUUGAGAAACAUAAAUUACUUUUCUCUUUGAUGUUAACUAUAAAGAUUCUUUAAGGGUACAAGUAAUUAAAUGAAGAGGAAUGGAGAUACUUAUUAACAGGACCAAUGGGUGAUAUCAAAAUAAAACAGAAUCCAACUAAAUGGAUAGCUGAAAACACAUGGCCAGAUAUGUAUAGAUAAAUUUAUGGAAUGUCAUAAUUAUCAGCUUUUAAGGGAUUUGAAGAAUUUUGGAUAACUAAUGCUGAAUUAUUUAAGCCACAUUAUGAUUCAACUGAACCCCAAGUAAUGUAAUUACCUGGAGAAUGGAAUUCUAAAUUAGAUGAAUUCUAAAAAUUAAUCUUUAUAAAAUCUUUCCGUCCUGACAAAGUAAUACCAUGUGUAUAGAAUUUCAUAUCUCAUAAAAUUGGAAAACAAUUCAUUGUUCCACCUCUAUUUGAUUUAGCCAAAUGUUAUAAGGAUUCAACAAUGUAAACUCCUUUGAUAUUUGUAUUAUCUCCUGGUUCUGAUCCUGUGGCUGACUUUUUAAAAUUUGCAGAAGAGAAAGAAAUGCUUAAAAGAUAUGAAUAGAUUUCAUUGGGAUAAGGUUAAGGUCCAAAAGCUGAAAAAAUGAUCAGAGCAGCUAGAUAAAAAGGAGGAUGGGUUCUUUUAUAGAAUUGUCAUUUAGCAGCAUCAUGGAUGAAUGAAUUGGAACGUAUUUGUGAAGAUAUAGAUGAGAGUGCAAGUAAAGAUUAUAGAUUAUGGUUAACCAGUAUGCCAACUAAUUCAUUUCCAAUAUCUGUAUUAUAGAAUGGUGUUAAGAUGACAUUAGAACCACCUUCAGGAUUGAGAAGCAAUUUGUUAAGAUCUUAUGCUCGUUUAGAUGAUAAUGAAUUAUAAAGUGGAUGUAAGAAACCAGAAAUAUUUAAGAAAUUAAUAUUUGGAUUCUGUUUCUUCCAUGCUAUUAUACAAGAUAGACGUAAAUUUGGUCCAAUUGGUUGGAAUAUUGCAUAUGAAUUCACUAAUGAAGAUUUGAAUGUAUGCAAGAGAUAAUUGGUUAUGUUAUUAGAUGAAUAUGAGGAAGUCCCUUAUAAAGUCUUAAAUUAUUUGGGUAGUGAGAUUAAUUAUGGAGGUAGAGUAACAGAUGAUAAAGAUGUUAGAUUAAUCAAAACCAUUUUAAGAACCUACAUUAAAAAAGAAGCAUUAAUUGAUAAUUUCUCUUUUUCUAAAAGUGGUACUUACUAUUCACCUCCUUCUGGAUUGUAGGUUGAUUACACGAAUUACAUUGGAAGUCUACCCUUAAAUCCUGCUCCAGAAGUCUUUGGAUUACAUGAAAAUGCAGAUAUUACUAAUGCUCAAAAUUAAACCAUUAUGCUUCUAGAAACUAUUCUUUCUGUUCAACCCAGAACUAGUUCAUCAGCUGGAAAAACUCGAGAAGAAUAGAUAGAGGAUUUAGCUAAUUUUGUAUAAGGAAAAACCCCACCAGUUUUUGAUUAUGAUGGAAUUUUCAUCAAAUAUCCAACUGAUUAUUAAGAAAGUAUGAAUACAGUGUUGGUUUAAGAAGUCUUGAGAUAUAAUAGAUUAUUAGAAGUAAUGAUUGAAUCAUUGAUUAAUGUUAAAAAGGCAUUGAAGGGAUUGGUUGUGAUGUCUGAAGAUUUAGAGAAAUUGUCUAAUUCUUUAUAUGAUAACUAAGUACCUAAAAUGUGGGCAGAAAAGGGUUUCUUAUCAUUAAAACCAUUGGCUUCAUGGACUUAAGAUUUAAAUGAUAGAGUAGCAUUUCUAUAGAAAUGGGUAGAUGGAGGAACUCCAGCAACAUUUUGGUUUUCAGGAUUCUUUUUCCCAUAAGCAUUUAUUGCAGGUAUCACUUAAAAUUAUGCUCGUAAACAUGUAAUUGCUGUUGAUCUUGUAUCAUUUGAAUAUUAAGUCAGAGAUGAUUUAGAAAUUUCUAAAAUUUUAGAUAAACCUAGUGAUGGUUGUUAUGUAUAUGGAUGUUAUUUAGAAGGAUGUAAAUGGGAUUCAUAAAAACAUGUACUAUCUGAAUCCACUCCCAAAGAAUUAUUUAGUGAUUUACCAGCUGUCUAGUUGAUACCCAAAAACAAUAGAGUAAUUCCUAAAACUGGAAUUUAUAAUUGUCCUUUGUAAUAUUAUAAUUUUUAUAGUUUAGAUACAAAGUAGUGUCAAGAGCAGGAACUCUCUCAACAACAGGACAUUCUACAAACUUUGUAAUGUGGUUAGAAUUCGCAUCAGAUCAAGAAGAGGAUAUUUGGAUAAAGGCAGGAGUGGCAGCCUUCCUUGCCCUCAGAUAUUGA